CAAACACCCCCAACACACAAACACUCUUCCAUCUUUGCACUCUUGUACGCAAGAUCGCAUUCUUCUCUCAGACAUCGCAGCCGUCGCGUUUCUGAGUUCCCUAUUUCUCUCUCCAUUUUCCAGUGAUACCCACAAGUCUUUCACGAGUUUACGAUCCUCUGCCCAACAUGACUGGCGAAACCUUCGAGUUCCAGGCUGAGAUUUCUCAGCUUCUCUCCCUCAUCAUCAACACCGUCUACUCUAACAAGGAGAUCUUUCUGCGAGAGCUUGUCUCCAACGCUUCAGAUGCCCUCGACAAGAUCCGCUAUGAGGCCCUGUCCGACCCAAGCAAGUUGGACUCGGGCAAGGACUUGCGCAUCGACAUCAUCCCCGACAAGGCGAACAAGACUUUGACCAUCCGUGAUACUGGUAUUGGCAUGACCAAGGCUGACCUCGUCAACAACCUGGGUACCAUUGCCCGCUCUGGCACCAAGCAGUUCAUGGAGGCCCUCACUGCUGGCGCUGAUAUCUCCAUGAUCGGUCAGUUUGGUGUUGGUUUCUACUCUGCCUACCUCGUGGCAGACCAGGUCAAGGUCAUCUCAAAGCACAAUGAUGACGAGCAAUACAUCUGGGAGUCCAGUGCUGGCGGUACCUUCACCAUCGCUGCCGACACCGAGGGCGAGCAGAUUGGCCGUGGUACCAAGAUCAUCCUCCACCUCAAGGACGAGCAGACUGAGUACCUGAACGAGGCGAAGGUCAAGGAGGUUAUCAAGAAGCACUCCGAAUUCAUCUCGUAUUCCAUCUACCUCCACGUCGAGAAGGAGGAGGAGAAGGAGGUUCCUGAUGAGGACGCCGAUGUCGAGGAGGUCACCGAGGAGGGUGACGACAAGAAGCCCAAGAUUGAGGAGGUCGACGACGAGGAAGAGGGCAAGGAGAAGAAGCCCAAGACCAAGAAGAUCAAGGAGACCAAGAUCGAGGAGGAGGAGCUGAACAAGCAGAAGCCCAUCUGGACCCGCAACCCCUCCGACAUCACCCAGGAGGAGUAUGCUGCCUUCUACAAGUCGCUCUCCAAUGACUGGGAGGAUCACCUCGCCGUCAAGCACUUCUCUGUUGAGGGUCAGCUCGAGUUCCGUGCCAUCCUCUUCGUUCCCAAGCGUGCUCCCUUCGACCUCUUCGAGACCAAGAAGACCAAGAACAACAUCAAGCUCUACGUCCGCCGUGUCUUCAUCACUGAUGAUGCCACUGAGCUCAUCCCCGAGUGGCUCAGCUUCGUCAAGGGUGUUGUCGACUCUGAGGAUCUGCCCCUCAACCUGUCUCGUGAGACCCUCCAGCAGAACAAGAUCAUGAAGGUCAUCAAGAAGAACAUCGUCAAGAAGUCUCUUGAGCUGUUCACCGAGAUUGCCGAGGACAAGGAGCAGUUUGACAAGUUCUACUCUGCCUUCUCCAAGAACCUGAAGCUGGGCAUCCACGAGGAUUCUCAGAACCGCCAGGUGCUCGCCAAACUGCUGCGUUACAACUCUACCAAGUCUGGCGAUGAGCUGACCUCUCUGGCCGACUAUGUCACCCGCAUGCCUGAGCACCAGAAGAACCUGUACUACAUCACCGGCGAGUCCCUGCCUGCCGUCUCCAAGUCUCCCUUCCUUGACGCUCUCAAGGAGAAGGGCUUCGAGGUCCUCUUCCUCGUUGACCCCAUUGAUGAGUACGCCAUGACUCAGCUCAAGGAGUUCGAGGGCAAGAAGCUCGUGGACAUCACCAAGGACUUCGAGCUUGAGGAGACCGAGGACGAGAAGAAGCAGCGUGAGGAGGAGGAGAAGGAGUACGAGAGCCUCGCCAAGGCUCUCAAGAACGUCCUCGGUGACAAGGUCGAGAAGGUCGUUGUCUCCCACAAGCUGGUCGGAGCUCCUUGCGCCAUCCGUACCGGCCAGUUUGGUUGGUCUGCCAACAUGGAGCGUAUCAUGAAGGCUCAGGCUCUCCGUGACACCUCCAUGUCGAGCUACAUGUCUUCCAAGAAGACUUUCGAGAUCUCUCCCAAGAGCCCCAUCAUCAAGGAGCUCAAGAAGAAGGUCGAGACCGACGGCGAGAACGACCGCACUGUCAAGUCCAUCGUUCAGCUCCUGUUUGAGACCUCCCUGCUGGUCUCUGGCUUCACCAUUGAUGAGCCUGCCGACUUCGCUGGCCGCAUCCACAAGCUCGUCUCUCUGGGCCUGAACCUGGAUGAGGAGCCUGAGGCUGCUGCUGACGCUCCUGCCGCCUCUGAAGCCACGCCUGCCGCUGAAACUGGCGACAGCGCCAUGGAGGAGGUCGACUAAAUGCUUAAUACGGAGCUCGGGUUCACAGGGUACGGCGAUCGCAUAAAAACUGGUUCAGGAGUUUGGUACGGGUUCUUCGGUUUUCUUUUUAAUGGCGCCCCGACUGGCAUUUUGCCAGUACAAACUGCGCGAUAAUAUCAUGUUUUUCUGCCUGGAGUGUUUUAGUACCUCUCAGAAAGGGUGAGCAGAAUAGCACAAUCCUAGGUAGACAAUGAUGAUGCAACGCUAGAUC